UGAAUUAAAUACUUAGAUUACUGCUCUUGCUAAGUAUAAACAUAGAAUUAUGUUACGAUAAAACAAACACACUAGCCCCUAAUUUCAUAUAAAAGCAAUGUAUUUAAGAAAAUUUACUCAAUUUACAUUGGUAGGCGCGCAUACAAGAAGCUUAAAAACGAUUUGUUCAUUAUUACUUAGCAAGAGCGGCUCAGAUAAUAAAUCGGGAUCAAAGGGUGUUGAAACUAACAAGGAAACGUGUCAAGAAUGUCCUUCUUGCGCCUGCCCUAGUGAUUUCAACCCAUCAACUCCAAGCAUGUACGAUUGUCGGAAAUAUGGCCACUGUUUACCUCCAAAUGAUCUCAUAACUCGGUUCGAAUGUCUUCCUAAUUUUCCAACUGGUAUAUUUCGGUGCACCACCGGUGAGACUCUUGGUAGUGGUGCUGAUAAAGGUUGCUGUUAUCAAUGUCCGGAAUAUUUCGCCUAUCAGCACAUGACUUUUUACGAUUUGCAUUUAUAUCUUAGGCCCUGCCGGAAACCUAGCGCUAAAACGGGAAGAAAACCUUGAAAACCACCAACCACACCAUUUGGAAAUGUCUUAAAUAUUAACUUUAAAUCAAUAAAUAAAUUAAAAACGUA